AUGACGCACAAAAAAAAGGAGUUAUUUCUCAUCUGUGACAAUGAAGGUUUCUCAUGGAUCCCCCUGCUGACGGUGGAGUGGAAAAUAAAGUACCUCUUCUGCAAAGACGCAAAAAUGAGCAAGUGCUUUGUGGACACCUUCGGUCUGUACGAUACAGAAACGAACACAAACGACAACGUGCUUAAGUUCAUUGAAAAGCAAAAUCUGGAUGGUGUUCAUCUUCUCUUUAUAGCCAUGUCCACGUCGAAGCUCCAUGAGCUAAUAUUGGACUACGUGAUAAACCAAAAGAAAUUUUACUUUAUUUUCAGUUCAAACUUACCAUCAAUUGAUAUAGAAAAAUUAAGUAAAUUAAAAGCAUCCCUAAAGAACUUUAAUAUGGAUAACGAUAUUAUCUACGACGUGAAGGCAGAAUUUAAAAAAACGAACAGACAGUUUUAUUGGAAUAUCUUCAACGUUUUAACAAAUCAGCGCGUUUUUUAUAAUUUAAAAAAUACACUGAACGAAUUAGGGGUACAUAUAUAUGCUGUUCAAAUUGAAUCUACGUUCAUGCCGUUUUUAACAGAAAAUGAGGGAAUAGAAAAUGUGCUCUUCUACAAAACGGUGUUGAUUAUAUCGUUAAUUGAGUUUCUAUUUUCCAAGCCCAAAAGUGUAUCUGCCAAAUGCUACUCUGUGAAGGGCGAGAAUGUCACCGUGAAGUCCAUUGCGGGCAGUGCGCUCUUCGAUUCACUGAAUUGCUACUUUAACAUUUCCGACAAAUCGAGCAACAAGAUCUUCGACAUCAAGGUGUUCGGGGAUAAUGGCUCCGUGGAGGUUUCCUACAACGCCGAGCAUAACUGUUUCCAACUCCUGCGAUGCCUGAACCACUACGAGUACCCCAGUCUCUUCGUGGAGAGUGCCCACGAAAGCGCCUUGAACGAACUAAAAUACUUCGUCGAUGAAAAGCUCUACACCAAUAAGUACAUCAACAUGUACAAGAACGCUGUGCACACAGCCCUCUGUUUGUGGAAGAGCAACGGAGAGAAUAUUUCCUUGGAGAGCAAGGAACCCAAUGAGCCCAAUGAGUGUCUUUCCGCCGAUGCAGAAAUUAUGGUGGAAGAAGUGAAGAAUAUCAUAUUAACGGCCUGA